CCCACAGGAGGGGCUUGCUGGGCUCCAGCUUGUGUCUCUCCCCGGAGGGCUUUAGGACGGCCACUCUUACACUUGUCAUGGAAUUAAAGAAAACUACGUCCAGGUCGUACAAUGCUGCUCACCUGCUGCCACUUUUCCUCAUGUUUUGGGGAACUUCAUACUCUGAAAAUGACAGUGGCUGUUCCUCGUCCCCAUGUAAGAAUAGGGCGAGCUGUAAGGAUUUGGAAGUGGGUUACCAGUGCAUCUGCCCUGUGGAGCCUGUAGCCUACAUGGGCAUAAAUUGUGAACUCCUCUAUGAUGCUUGCACUGAGCAUGACUGUCCUGCCCACAUGAGCUGCACCCCGAGUCCAGGACUGCUGGAAUAUGAAUGUAUGUGUCCAGCUGGCGCUGCCUGUGACGGUGUUGAUGGGUGUGAGAGCAGCCCUUGCCCAGAGCCGUUCCAGUGUGCAGACACAGCAGCUGGGUACAGCUGCAGGUGCCAGCCGGGCCCGGGUGGACAAGGCUGCGGGGCAGAGAGCUCCGAGUGCUCCAGGCAGCCCUGCCUGAACAACGGCACGUGCCUGGAGGCGGCGGGCGGCUACCGCUGCCUCUGCCCGCCCGGCUUCGGCGGGGCCACGUGCGGGGACGACAUCGACGAGUGCGCCUCGGGGCCGUGCCGCAACGGGGCCAUCUGCAGGGACAGCGCGGGCCAGUACAGCUGCUUCUGCGUGCCCGGCUUCCAGGGCUCCAACUGCGAGAUCGACAUCGACGAGUGCGCCUCCCGGCCCUGCCGCAACCACGGCACCUGCCUCAACCACAUGGACCGCUACGAGUGCCGCUGUGCGCCCGGCUACGCAGGUGUGAACUGUGAUACCGAAAUAGAUGAAUGUGCUUCAGACCCUUGCCAGAACGGGGCUGUGUGCAAUGACCAUGUUGGGUUCUACACCUGCACCUGUGCACCAGGUUAUCAAGGAGCCCAGUGCGAGGUGGACAUCAAUGAAUGUGAGAGCCAGCCAUGCCAGAGCAACGGGACAUGUCAUGACCUCAUUAACAGCUACCGUUGUGACUGCAGUGACACUGGCUUUGAGGGCACCCACUGCGAGCUGGACAUCUUGGAGUGUGCCUCGGACCCCUGCCACAACAGUGCCACUUGCCUGGAGGGGACCAAGGGCUACAGCUGUGCCUGCUGGCCAGGUUACACCGGGCAGGACUGUGAGGAGGAUGUGGAUGAGUGUGAGACAGAGCCCUGUCACAACGGGGGCCUGUGCCUGCAGCGUUCCAACCCAGCCCACUAUGGGACACAGCCCCACUUCCCCAGCAACUUCAGCUACAGUCAAGCAGCUGGCUUCCUGUGCCAGUGCCAGCCAGGCUUCACAGGAGAGACCUGCUUUACCAACAUCAACGAGUGCGAGUCGCAGCCCUGCCAGAACGGAGGGCUCUGCCAGGACCUGGUCAAUGGCUUCCUGUGUCUCUGCCUGCCUGGUUAUUCAGGUGUGGAAUGUGCUGUUAACAUCAAUGAGUGUGAGGAGGGACCCUGCAAAAACGGAGCUGUCUGUGAGGAUGGCAUAGCUGACUAUUCCUGUCACUGUGCCCCUGGCCAGGAUGGCAUCACGUGGGGAGGGAAGAACUGCUCUGUCCAGCUGACUGGGUGCCAGACACACGACUGCCAAAACGAGGCCUUGUGCAUCCCAACCUACCAAGCUGAGAGCCACGGCCACCUGUGCCAGUGCCAGCCUGGUUUCUAUGAUGCCACAUGCUCGACACCAACAACGUUCUCCUUCACUUCCAGAGGGUUUCUGUCCAUUGAGCUGCCCAGGAGCAGUGAGAGCGGGAGGGGCGCAGCAGGAGCCAGCGUGUCCCUGCGCUUCCGAACCACCCUGCCCAGCGCUGUCCUGUUCUACCGUGGCCAUGCAGCUGAGUACCUGUUCCUGGAGCUCUGGGAUGGCGUCCUGCAUGCAGAGCUGAAGAGAGAGGAUGUUGGGUACCUGCUGCUCCUGGAGGGGCUCAGAGUGGACGAUGGCCAGUGGCACAAAGUGGAAGUUGCUGUGCACAGCACGGUGCAGCUGAAGCUCUGGCACAGCUCUUGUGAGGCCGGGCUCUGCCUGCAGAGCUCUCCUGUCCCACCGGGCACUGCUUUGAUCCCACAAGCAUUCCUGCAUCUGUACAUUGGAGGUGCUGAGGAUCCAAUGGCCAACAACACACAGAGCCAGCAGGGCUUUGUGGGCUGCCUGCAGGACGUGCAGGUGGAUGCUGAGGCCGUGCUGCCAGCAGAUCUGCCCCUGGCAGGGCCGUCCCCAGCCAGGCCGGGCUGCGAGCGCACUGAGUGGUGCCUGGCCCAGCCCUGCCUGCACGGGGGGCUCUGCGUGGACCUCUGGGCCUCCUUCAGCUGUGACUGCCCCAGGCCCUAUGGAGGCCCAGCUUGCUCCUAUGAGCACCCAGCAGCAACAUUUGGCCUAGAGAAUUCCACCAGCUUUGCCUCUUUCACCCUUUCUGACAGCCUUGGUGCAGAUUUCAACCUCUCCUUUUUCCUGCGGAGCCGGAAGCCUGACGGUUUGUUAGUGCAGGUGUGCAAUGGGACAGGCCCCUGCCUCACCCUGUACCUGAGGGGUGGCCAGCUGAGCAUAGAGACCUCACCUACAGACACCCUGACCUUGCCAGGGAAUGUGCAUGAUGGGAGAAGACAUUUGGUGGCCCUGUCUUUCCAGGGAGGCUCUGUUGCUGCUCUGCAGUCAGACACAUUGGUGGAGCUGGGGCAGCUGCCAGCACAAGCCCUGGGAGCUGGCUCUGAAGUGUUCAUUGGAGGACACCCAGACCCCAACAGUGCUGAGCUCUGGGGGGGCUAUUUCAAAGGCUGUUUGCAGGACAUCCAACUCAACAGCCAGCAGAUACAGUUUUUCCAGGUGGAGAAUGACAGUUUGUCAGGGGAACUCAAUAGGACUCAAACUGGAAAUCUUGUGAAUGGCUGCAUCUCUGAUGAUACCUGCAAGUCUGAGCCAUGUCAGAAUGGUGGCAGAUGCAUUGUCACUUGGAAUGAUUUCCAUUGCAGCUGUCCAGCAAAUUUCACUGGGAAAUUUUGUGAAGAGAAAGUCUGGUGUGAAAGUGACCCAUGUCCUGAAGCCACCACCUGCCUGGACGUUGUGGCAGGAUAUGUGUGUCUGGCUAAUGCAACAUUUAAUAGUUCUGCUACCAUGGAAUUUACCACCAACUCAUCAGUGACCAGAACUCUGAGCAGCCUCCACAUAGACUUCAGAACCAGAGAUGAAGAUGCUAUUUUGCUUCGGGCUAUGGAAGAGAUGGAUUCCCUCCAGGUAGCCAUCAGGAAUUCUUCCCUGCUGGUUGCCAUCAGGAGCGGGAACAGCAUCGAGGGUGUGAGUUUCCUGAGCGCGCAGCCCGUGGCGGACGGGGCGUGGCACAGCGUCUCGGCGGCCAUGGAGGAGCCGGCCGCGCUCUCUUCCCGCUGGCUGCUGCGCUUGGACGGAGCCAACGCGACUCUGCAGGGCAGGGCCGGCAGCCUGGACUUCCUCAAGAACAAUGCCGUGGUCGUGGUGGCCGAGGAUUUUACUGGCUGCCUGGGCCGGGUGCACGUCGGGGGCAUCUUCCUGCCCUUCCCGGCGCCGCAGCCGUACCCGCAGCGCGAGCAGUUCUGGCGGGCCGGGCCCGGCAGCGCCCGGCUCGGCUGCUCCGGGACCGACGUCUGCGCCUCUGGCCCCUGCCUCAACGGCGGCACCUGCCACGACCUGUUUGACGCCUUCGGCUGCGGCUGCAGCGCGGGCUGGGCGGGGCCGCGCUGCCAGGCCAACAUCGACGAGUGCCAGCCCAGCCCCUGCGUGCACGGGCGCUGCGUGGACGCCGUGGCGGAUUUCCAGUGCGACUGCUUCCGCGGCUUCAUCGGCAAGAGGUGCGACAUCAACGUGGACGACUGUGUGCGGCACCAGUGCCUGAACGGGGCCACGUGCGUCGAUGGCGUCUACGGGUACUCCUGCAAGUGCCCCCCGCAGUUCUCUGGACCUCGCUGCGAGUGGCCAUUCCCCCCUCAGCAGUGUGGCAAGAACUUCACCUGCCUGAACGGUGGCAGGUGCGUCACGGAGAGCUGGGGAGCCAACUGCUCCUGCAGGCCUGGCUUCACUGGGAGGAACUGUCAAAUCAACAUAAACGAGUGUGACCCGAACCCGUGCCAGAACGGGGGCACGUGCCAGGACUCGGAGAACAGAUACGAGUGCGUGUGCAGCGCCAGCUACACCGGCGAGCGCUGCGACAUCAACAAAGGGACUGCAGGUGCUCUCUUCCCCUCCCCACUAAUUGAAGUAGCUGUCCCUGUAGCCUGUGGCUCUGUGCUGCUCCUCAGUAUUGGUCUCAUAUUCAUGGUGCUCACGGCAAGGAAGAGGCGCCAGUCCGAGGGGACCUACAGCCCGAGCCAGCAGGAGGUGGCAGGAGCUCGGCUGGAGAUGGACAAUGUCUUAAAGGUGCCACCUGAGGAGCGCCUGAUCUAGGCCCUGCCCUGCCCAGAGCUGCCCUGCAGGCUCUGCCUGGACCCUGGGCUCUUCCUGCAGUGGCAACAGCAGAUCCAGCCCGUCCCAGUUCCCCAGGGCCUGGGCAGAAGACACGGACGUGACACAGGCUCAGGCCUGGCACUGCUGCACUCCAGGGGCUCCAAGGGAGCCUCUGCCCUCCCUCCUGCCCUGGACUGCCCUUUGCUCAUCUCAGAAGGAGCUCCAGGGGCUCCAGCCCCCUCCCAGGCAGCAGAGGCACAUUAAAAUGAUCUGCUUUCCAAGGCAGGGUGACCUGAGGCUCCUGUGCAGGUUCAGACUCACUGAUGGUUUGUAUAUUCUGCUCUGGUUUUGUUAACAGCUGAAAACCAUUCAAACUCAGCUGAGGUGUGUGAGGAUUUCCGUCUUCAACAGCAACAGCAGCUGUGACCUCCUUGUGACAGCCCUGUGUUACAGGGACUUGCCAGGAAUGAUCCUUGUACAAAUCAGUGUUGAAUGACGUGAUGCUGUUAGACAUUCCCAUGGGUACCAUGCAGGGAAGAGCAGGCAAGACUCCGGGGCUUUGGGCCAGGGCAGCAGCUGCCAGGUGCUGAACUUUGCUGUGCAUGGAGGGGAGAGGGGAGCAGGAAAAGGGCACCAGGCUCCUGGCACUGCCUGGGCUCUGUGGGACAGGGAAGGGGCAGCUCCUGCCCUGCAGCGCUGGCGGCAGAGCGCGCCUGGGGGAGGCGCUGCGGGCUGUGACCUGCAGCAGCGUCCCGCUGGAAGCUCUCAGUAACUCCCUGUUCUACCGCAGCAGCGAGUGUGGGCGCACCUCAGCCACUCCUCCGUGGUGGGAGCAGUCGGGGCUGCGGGCGCUGCCCUGCUCCUCGCGCUGGUUGUAGCCACGGCGAUUGCCAUGAAGAGGAGGAGAGCGACUCAGGGAACCUACAGCCCAAGCCGGCAGGAGAAGGACGGGGCACGAGUGGAAAUGUGGAACGUGAUCAAGAUGCCCCCGACUGAGCGGCUGAUCUGAGCUGGGGUCACACGGAGCCGCCUGGGGUCGCGGGCUGGGGACAGCUCUGCAUGGCCUGGGGCACUGCCCGCUCCACUGCUCACCCACACUGCCUUCCUGGCACGCUGCUCUGCCUGGGGAGCAAACCCCACUGCUGAGGGCCAGGGCAGGAGGGCAGGGAGCAGUGGCUGUGGCACAGAGGGGACAUGGAACAGAGGACAGAGGACAGGGCUGUGUCACAGCCAGAGGUGGCUGCGCCCCUGCUCCUGCAGGCAACAGAAAAACCACCCUGAGGCAGGUCCAGGGAAUGGGAAUGAAACCACUGCACUGAGAAAUAAUGUGAAUAAUAAGGUUUUUCUGCAAGGCUAAGCCAGGUGAGUGAGUGGUGGGAAACCCUUCCUAGAACUGCUGCUGCCCUUCCUGCUGGGCCAGAGCUGGCAUGGCAGCAAGUCCCACUGGGCUGUGCUGGACACGGCUGCUGGAGCUUUCCCUGAGACUAGACCAAACCACAGCAAUAUCUGAAGUGCCUUUCUGAUCCUGAGGUGCCAGUUCCAGUUUAACCUUUGGGAAAGGAGGACGUUUCCAUGUUUGGUCUGGCUCUGCCACUCCUCGAGCAGGGGCUUGGAGCUGACCAUGGAACUGACCCUUGUGAGAGCCAGGAGCUGAGCAUCAGGUGCUGCUCGCUGGGGUGAGGGAGGGGAGAAAGAAAGUUCUAGAAGUGACCUCUCUGGACUGACAGGCUUGGGCUCGUUGGUACAGAAGAGUGGCAUUUAGUUAACCAAUCCUUUAACCCACACCAGGGUUGGUGUAAGUGACACAGCAUCUGCUUUCCACUGCACUAAAAAAGGGUUUGAUUUUGUGGCUUCACUUCUCCUGUUUUACUGUUUUAGCUGUUGAAUGUGCUGUUUUUUCUUUAGCAUAAUGUGGCAGAGGCCGUUGGAAGGAAAUGCAGCACAGCAGGCCAGGUAAGGUCUAAAGACUAGUGUUUCAGGAUAAUCACUAUCAAUGAGGAAUAUUUUAGAACAGUGUCUGCUAUUUAAUCUCCAAAAUACUAUUAAAAAUCAGGGUGGGAACCUGCCUGUUGUAGCUUGCUACAAGAAAAUGCUGUUUAUGCUGGUCUGCUUUUGGAUUUUUUUUUUUUUUUUCUACUGUAUCUGUAAAUGUUUCUGUAAUUCCAAGCAAAGAGAGGGGGACAGAACUACUGCUUACCAAGAACAAGUGUGUCUGUGUAAGAACAGGUCUCUGCAACAGGCAGCUGCUGACAGAAGAAUGAAAAUUUUGGAAAAUAGAAAAAAAUCAAAGGAGUGGGAGACAGUAUUUUGUCUGUAAGAUCAUUUUCUAUGUGGUAGUGGAGAAGAGUGGAAGGUGUGAUCCCAGCUGGCUAUAUCUGGGAGGCAACUGGAGCUGACAGUGACAGAGAUGCCCUGGCUGCAGGUGGGAGCCUGUGGCUGCUUCCCUCUUUCUCAGCAGUGACUCUGCUUUUCCCAUCACUGGUUUGCUCUGGGCAUUUCCCUGCUCUUUGGAGAGGUCCAGCACACUCUGGGAACAGAGGCAGUGGCACUGCCUGGUGCCCUGGUGGUAGAGGGACUUUGGGAGCAGGUGAGUGGGGCUUUGCUGUGGCUCUGUGCACAGGAAGCUCCAGGGUAGCAGAGCUGUGCCAGAACAGCUCCGGGCAGGGGCUGCUGGGCACAGACAAAUUCCCCCCUGGGCUGAGGGAAGGGCAGUGGGGGCUCCUGACAGGAGCUGGGGGGGCACAGCCCCAGGCCCCUGUGCUGACAGGCAAAGGCUGCUGUGGCUUCCUACAGCCCAGGGGGUGCCAGAACCUCCUGGGGGCUCAGGGGGGCUCUGCCAGCUCCAGGAUCCAGCCCGUGGGUGCUGAGCUCUGUGCCCAGAGCUCCCCCAGCUCCUGCAAUCCCUACAGGGUUCAAACCCCCGGAGCCCUGGCAGGUCCGGCCGUGCCCGCAGCGCCUCAGGGCUGCAUUCCGAGCACCCAAAGCCAGUAUCAGCAAAGGUGUUCAAACACUGUCAGUGUCUUGAGCAUUUCUGAAAAAUAAUUUAUGGAAGGUUUUUUUUCAAUAAUGAACUUAACUUUCUUUUGAUAUUUAAUUUUUGAAUAUAUUUUUUCACAAAACUGGACUUGCUGUAGUUAAUGAUCAUGAUCCUGAUUUCUUUUUUAAUUGUAAAUUUUAUAAUUUGUAAAUAAUUAGAAUGUUCUUCAAAAGAAAUUUACAAUAAAAUUUGGUUAAAAACAGACCUGGUUGUUGAUUUGUGACUGUUUUUCCCUGAAGAACACCUUGCUGUCUGGAUGGCUGAUCAUGGUCUGUGCCACACCCCCUGCACAGCUGCAAACUUUGAUGGCUCUUCGAAGUUAAAGGAUUUGUGAUGAUUUGUCACAGCUCAGAGCCCUGAGCACAGGCCAGCAGGACAGAGCUGCAGAACACCAAGGGAGGGAGCUGGGGAAACCUCUGCUCUCACUGAGCUGCAUUUCACCAUGAAUCCCUGAUUUGAUGGGCAAUAAAGAGACUGGAAUGUAGGAAAAAGGGACUCGGUGUCCAAUGACUGCCCGUCCAUGUGCAGUGAACUGGAAGCCUCUGCCCAGAGUGAGCAAGAUACAGAACUGGUUUCACCUCCUGUGCAGCAGCAGAUGCACCACAAACUUUGAAGAGAUUUUUCUUGUUUGUUUUUUAAAUUAACUUCUUAUAGCAGGAAGCAGCUGUAAAUAAGCAAAGCAGUAGCAAACACAGGGCAAGUACAGGAACCUGGACAAAGUCAAGCAUAAAAUCACUGAUGAGUAAGAGCAAGAACACUUUUUAUACUGGAUUAAUAAAAACAUCCAAACUCCUUCCAGUGCCGAACCACUAGAAGGUUCAGACAAGCAAACUAUUUAACCUGGCACUAUGAGGAAUGAAUCAGGUUAGGUAUUCCUGAGUUUAAAUAAGAUGAAAAAUCCCUAAAUGCUGUCCUAGGGAUAGUUUCAUUCCUAUGUUACAAGAAACCCCUAAAAAAGUCUCCUGCUUGCAAACCCUGCUCCAGAGGUGAGCAAAGUCAAACUCUCUGUCCUCCUGGAUCUCAGAAGUGUUAAAUAAAGUGGAGGGUGAAUAAAUGGGUGUUAAUACUCUUCAGUGCCCCAAAGCUGACUUAGCAAAUGAUCCAUAAUAUGGCAAAGCAGUCAGAGGUGGAAGUGAACUGCAGUUUGACAGAAUUUCCUGAGUUUAGAGCAUCUGAGACAGGCUCCUCAGUGUCUGACCACUGUGUGACAUUACUGAGCCUAAACAGGGCCUGUGGAGCCCUGCCUGGCACAGGCAGGAUUGUCCAGUGCCCAUUCACAUCCACCAUAAUCCAGAAGGUUUUAUCAUCCAGC